AUGGCUAUGCGUCUCAAAGAAGGGCUGAUGAACCUUCAGCUCAAGUCUCCGAUAAUGCGGACGCGAGCUGCAAAAGCCAAGAAGAGCGUGGAGGAUGAUGAACCGGUGUCGAGGUCAGACAGGCGAGGAGCGACGAAGGACAAAUCAAAAUCGAACUACGAGGAGGAGCGGUUGGAACAGGAGAGGGUGAAGGAACUGAGCAGGCUCCUGGAGAAGGGCCCAGAUACAUGUUCAUUCGACGCAGAUGUCGCUGGAUGGUCUUUCAAGGAGCAGGGGAAGCUGCUGCAAUGUGAGAAGGAGGACGACGAUGCGAGGGAGGAAGAAGAAGGCAGAGGAAGAGGAGGAGAAGCGGAAGCAGGAGAUGAGGACAUGGGUACGGACGAUGACGACGACGACGACUACGUUGGGAGCUCGUCCAGCCAGGAGGAGGAGGAGAAGGAGGACACAUCUGAAGGGUUAUCAGACAGGCGUACAUGUAGAAACAUUACAAUGUGA